AUGGCCGAAGUCGAACAAUUUGCGUUCCAAGCUGAAAUUACUCAACUUAUGUCUAUUAUUAUCAACACUUUUUAUUCGAAUAAAGAUAUUUUCCUUCGUGAAUUGAUCUCAAAUGCAUCUGACGCUUUGGACAAGAUUAGAUAUGAAUCUCUUACUGAUCCUUCAAAGCUUGAGGCUGUAAAUGAACUUUACAUUAGAAUCUUUUCCGAUAAAGAAAACAAAACUUUAUCUAUAAGAGACACUGGUAUUGGAAUGACAAAGUCAGAACUUGUUAGUAGUCUCGGUACAAUUGCUAAAUCAGGUACUAAAGCCUUUAUGGAAGCACUUCAAACUGGAGCUGAUAUAUCUAUGAUUGGUCAAUUUGGAGUCGGUUUUUAUUCUGCAUUCUUGGUUGCUGGCCGAGUUCAAGUAAUUACCAAACACAAUGACGAUGAGCAAUACAUUUGGGAAUCAGCUGCUGGUGGGUGUUUCUCCAUUGUACGUGACACUUUUAAUUCACCUCUCGAUCGUGGUACUGUGGUUAGAUUGUUUCUCAAGGACGAUCAACUUGAAUAUUUGGAUGAACAUAAAAUUAAAGAAGUUGUCAAGAAACAUUCUGAAUUUAUUGGACAUCCAAUUCAACUUGUUGUUGAAAAAGAAGUUGAAAAAGAGGUUGAAUUUAUAGAGAGAGAAGAAAAGAAAAAGAAUCGGAUCAAAGAGAUCGUUAAAGUAGUCGAAGAAAUAAACAGAAUCAAACCGAUUUGGACUCGUAAUCCUGAAGUUAUUACCAAUGAAGAAUAUGCUGCUUUCUACAAAUCCAUUACUAAUGAUUGGGAAGAUCAUUUGGCUCUUAAGCAUUUCUCCAUCGAAGGUCAACUUGAAUUUAAAGCGAUUCUUUUUAUUCCUAGACGUCCAACAUUUGAUAUUUUCGAAAACAAAAAAACAAGAAAUAAUAUCAAACUUUAUGUGAGACGUGUAUUCAUCACUGAUAAUUGCGAAGAUUUGAUGCCUGAAUAUCUUAACUUUGUCAAGGGCAUAGUAGAUUCUGAAGAUCUGCCACUUAACAUUUCUCGUGAAAUGCUUCAAAAAAACAAGAUAAUUAAGGCUAUCAAUAGGAAUCUUGUCAAAAAAAGCUUGGGAUUAAUUAAUGAGAUUGCGGAAGAUAAAGAAAAUUUUGCCAAAUUUUAUGAUUCUUUUUCCAAGAAUAUCAAACUCGGUAUUCAUGAUGAUCCACAGAAUCAAGCCAAACUAGCAGAGUUUCUUUGUUAUUAUUCAACCAAAUUUUCUGACGAAAUGACAUCAUUGAAGGACUAUGUUACAAGAAUGCCAAAUAAACAAAAGGUCAUUUAUUAUAUCACUGGUGAAAAUCGUCAGGCAGUAGAAAAAUCGCCAUUUGUUGAAGUUCUUAAGAAUAAAGGUUAUGAAGUGUUGCUAAUGACAGAUCCGAUCGAUGAAUAUUGUAUGCUGCAACUCAAAGAGUAUGAUGGUAAAAAACUUGUCUGUGUCACUAAGGAAGGAUUAGAAUUUUAUGAAGACGAGGUGGAAAAGAAUAACCAUGAAGAAUUGGCUAAACGAUUUGAAAAUGUGUGUAAACAAAUCAAAAAGAUUCUUGGUGACAAAGUUGAAAAGUCACCUUGUGUACUUGUGACAGGGCAGUAUGGGUGGACAGCUAAUUUUGAAAGAGUUAUAAAAGCUCAAACACUUAGAAAUCCAAAUAUCUCGUCAUUUAUCGUAUCAAAGAAAAUAAUGGAAAUUAAUCCACAUCAUCCAAUCAUCAAAACACUCAAAAACAAUUUUGAAGUAGGUAAUAAUAAUGAAAAGUUAGUCAAAGAUCUUACAUGGCUUUUAUUUGAGAUAUCACUUCUACAAUCUGGCUUUAGUUUGGAAGAACCAUCAUUGUUUGCUAAUAGAAUUUAUGAAAUGAUUAAACUUGGACUUGAUAUUGUUGGUGGUAGUGGUAAUGAGGGUGACGAGUCCAUGGAAAUCGAAGAGUCGUCUGAUGCGAAUGUGAUUGAAGAGGUUUUAAGGAUGGAAGAAGUUGAUUAA